AUGUCUCGUAAGAUCUGCAUUAGUGCCGUGGAUGGCAAUACGGGUUUCGCCAUCGCUGAACUUAUUCUUCAGCAUCGAGAAUUCUCGCGCAAAGUCGACUCCGUGAUUGGACUCGCUUUCGACCCCAAGUCUGAACGGGCAGCUGAGCUCAAAAAUCUUGGUGCAGUAAUCGUUCCCCAUGUACCCGGCCGCGUCAAGGACGUGGCGAAGAGUCUCAAGGACAGUGGAGCCGAUACAGUUUGCAUCGUGCCACCUGCACGCCAAAAUAAGCUUGAUGUAUGUGCCGAACUAGUCGACGCGGCUAAGACGGCCCAGGCCACGAAUGUGUGCCUCAUUAGUUCGGCAGGUUGUGAUUAUGCAGAUCCCAAGCGGCAGCCUCGACUUCGGGAGUUUAUCGACCUCGAGGCCUUGGUUCUGCAGGCAAAGGGUGAUGCCAGUACGCCAACAGGUGGAUCACCUUGUGUAAUUAGAGCGGGAUUUUACGCUGAGAAUCUACUCCUCUAUGCUCCGCAAGCCAGGGAAGAAGGGUUACUGCCUUUGCCGAUUGGAGAGAAUCACAAAUUCGCUCCCGUAGCGUUGGGGGACGUUGCUCGCGUCGCAGCCCACGUUCUCACAGGCAGAGGAAAACACGGGUUCGACGACGCGCACAGAGGACAGAUGAUGGUCGUGACGGGACCAAAACUCUGCGCAGGUAACGAGCUCGCUACCGCAGCGGGUAACGCGUUGGGGACUGAGAUGAAGUUUGAAGAUAUUUCCGAGGCUGAAGCAAAACGUGUUCUCAAAUCGCAAUCAGACAGCGACCAGUCGGAACAGCAAUACCUUUUGGAAUACUAUAGUCUGGUGCGCGAAGGCAAGACCAACUAUAUUGCAACUACGGCUUUCCACGAUGUUACUGGAGAUCAUCCAACCGAGCCUGAUGAUUUUUUCCGCAUGUACCAGAAUGAGAUGCGCCCUAAUAAAAAGGCGAAGCGCAAUCAUAAGUAG